CAUCUCGAGUCUCAUCACCAUCCAGCUCAACAUUCCUCAGUCUUUCAAUUCACAACCCAAGCAACUUCCCAAACCCAACCUUACAACCAACCACCAACCUUCAAAAUGCAGCCCACCACCUUCUUCUCCCUCCUUCUUGCCUCUUCGGCCGCCGUCCUCGCCGCUCCCAACGCCGGUCUUACCGAGCGCCAGGCCGGCACCGUCACCGUCCUGUUCCACAGUGACGGCGGCUGCCAGUCGCCCGUGGUCGAAGACACCGUCUUCAGCCAGGGCAGCGGGAACAACUGCGUGAACACUGGAAUUGCGAUCCCGCACGAGAGCGCGGAGUUCGUGAACAGCAGCACGACUUGCAGGCUCAAGGUCUACAACUCCGCCAACUGCAACGAGGGGGGCAACUGGCAGUGGGUUGAGGCGGGCCAGACGGGCUGCAGGUUCAUCAAUGUCCAGUCUGCUCGCUUCUUCUGCUAAAUGCGGGUGGAUUCCGAACCAUUGCUGGCUAAGAUCGCAUGAGACAAUAGAAGUGUGUUAACGCCACCGACGCGAAGCCAGUGAUUGGUAUGUAGAGAGAAGCGGUAAACGAUUGGGGAAAGAGG